AAGAUAAGCAGGGGAUCUUAGAAGUGCUCCACACAUCCGCACAGUGAUGUGUAGCAUUUUUAAGGUGAAUGUGAACUUUCUCAUGUUUGUCUUUUGUGCCCUAAGCAUAUAAUAAACGGAAGAAUGUAAAUAGAUGCAACUACAGGACUUUCAGGUUAUGCAAGCCUGUUUCUGCUGCAUAUGUUGUUGUGUUCUGCCAGAUAUGCUGUAGCUGGUCGCUCGUCGCCGCGUCGGAGUCUCAGUCAGCAUGAAGAGCCCCGGCUCCAGAUGGGCCCUGCUGCUGGGCUUCUUGCUGGGGGCCUGCAGCAUGUACGUCUUCCUGCACCAGGUGUGGUUUGAAAGGAGCUACCCACUGCUGUCGGAAGCUCAGGAAAAAGCCGCCGCAGGAGGAGGGGUGAGACCAACCACCUGGAGGAAGAUGGGAGCCGCUCUCAUCAACGUGCCCUUCCCUCAAGAUUCAGACGAAGACAGCCGGGUGGCCGAUGCCUUGUACCAGAAGGUCCGGAUUCUGUGCUGGGUGAUGACGGGGCCGUAUAACCUGGAGAGCAAGGCUCGCCACGUGAAGGCCACCUGGAGCCGCCACUGCAACAUCGUGGUGUUCAUGAGCUCCGUGGACGACCCCGACUUCCCCACCGUGGGCCUGGGAACCACCGAGGGUCGGGACCAGCUCUACUGGAAGACCAUCCGUGCUUUCCAUUAUGUCCACGAACACUACCUGAGCCAGGCGGACUGGUUCCUGAAGGCGGACGACGACACGUUCGUGGUGGUGGACAACCUGCGCUGGCUGCUCUCCAACCACACCCCCGAACAGCCCGUUUAUUUUGGGAAGCGCUUCAAGCCCUACACCAAGCAGGGCUACAUGAGCGGGGGCGCCGGGUACGUGCUGAGCAGAGAGGCCCUCAAGAGAUUUGUGGAAGGCUUUCGGACCAAGGUGUGCACGCACACCACCCCCGUGGAGGACCUGGCGCUGGGGCAGUGCCUGGAGAAGAUGGGCGUUCUGGCCGGGGACUCCAGAGACACGCGGCAGCGAGAAACUUUCCACCCGUUUGUGCCAGAGCACCACUUAACCGCCAAGUUUCCCAAGAGCUUCUGGUACUGGAGUUACUGUUACUACCCGAUUGUUGAGGGUCCACAGUGCUGCUCGGACCUCGCCGUAUCUUUCCAUUACGUGGAUCCAAAGCUGAUGUACACGCUGGAGUACUUCACCUACCACCUGAGAGCGUACGGCUACACGCCACGCUACCGGCCCUCGGUGCGCCUCGGUCUGGACCUGAGCUCGCCGCCACAAAAGACCGCGACGGUGAAACUCAAAGCGGCGAAGGCGGAGGAGGAGGAGAAGCUCGACGUGACCGCCGAGGUUUCUGGGAACCGAACCAAAGAAGAGCGGCGGCAGGAGAGGAAGGAGGGAGGGGAUGUGAAGUGGCUUCCCGCUGAGAACAGGACGGCGGUCGCUCGGGAGAGGCGCCGCUGAUUCACCGCUGCGGCGUCGAUUUAAUCUGAGCUACAUCAGAAUCCACCGCUGUGGUUAAAAACUGCUCACAGGAGUCUGAACGCUCUGAUUCGGAUCAGUUUGUUCUCCUCUCGGUGCGAGCGGUGAGUGUUACUGCUUCUCAGUGGCAGCUAUGAGGAGAGCUCAGUACUUCAGUAUCAAUUCAGUUAAACCCGUCAUGUGAGGAGUCGGUGACACGACCACAGUGUUUCAGAUCAGAGCAACAGUGUCUUAUACGGGACAACUAUACAGUAACGGAUGUGUUUUUUCAGUCACUUCGUCUUUUUGCUUAUUAAUCCCCUGAAUCCUGUCUUAACAUUCUGUUUGUGGAACCUUUGAUUCUCUGAUGUUUUAUUUAAUAUGCUUUUGUUAAUUAUAAAGAUUUUUGUUUUCAUUUAGCAACCCCUUGAAAAAAUACACAAAUUUAAUUUGAUAAUCAGGAGGAUUGUUAAAUUUUUUUGGAAAGUCUGUUUGUG